UGACGUCAACAAAAUAGUGUGCGUCUGACUCUAAAGCUAUAUUGCAACAAAUUUUGUAAGAAAAUGUUUACACUUUGGACGCUCAUUGAGGCUUCGCUGCUCUGCCUUAAUGCCGUAUGCAUUCUGCAUGAGGAACGCUUCCUGGCAAAGUUUGGCUGGGGCAGACAAGCGGGUCAGCAGGAUUUUGGUGCUCCAUCGGCAAAAGAUCAAGUACUCAAUCUCAUCCGCUCUAUACGUACAGUCGCCAAAAUUCCGCUGAUAUUUCUUAAUAUAAUAGCGAUUAUAUUUAAAUUAUUACUUGGAUAAUGUAGAGACUAUUGAAAUAAAUAUACUCUAUAAUGUUUUUUGUCUUAGA